UCCCAGGGUUCAGUGAGCGCUGUGUGGCCCCACCCCGUCUCUCUUCAGGGCUGUCUAUCUCCUCAAUGUAGGCUACUAUUCUCGGAGAGAGAGAAAGCGACAGAGAGAGAAAGGGAGAAAAUAAUAACCUCCAAGAAUUGGUUAUUCCUGUCUUUCACCUUCCACGACCAGCGUCCAGGAGGGGAGCGGCCUUCGCGGUGGGAAUGUGCUGCUACAACAACCCCGCGUCCUAUUUUUUAUGAAUGUAAAUGCACAUGUAGUCUCAAGCCUGUAGCCUAUUUACCCACUUCGGAUUCAGAGGAAUAUAUACAUAUAAAGAUAUAUAUAUAUAUAUAUAGAUAUGCAUGUUUGUGUGAGAGUGUGUAUAUGUGUACACAUAUAUAGGCCUUAUGUAGGCUAGGAAAACUGAAUCUGACAGCGGGGGUUGCUUUUUCACCUGCAAGAAACGUGGAUACAUUUCGAGGGAUUUUCACAUCUUGGUCACGUUUUCUUUUUCUUUUCUUUUUUCCCUUUUUUGUGAUUUUUUUUUCUUGGAGGGAUUUGUCGGAUUCAAAUCGGGAUUUUUUUUUUUUUAAAAAAAGUGUAUCGGUGCGCAGUUUUGGAGGUUCGGCGGUGAUGUGAGGGGCUGAUAACACAUUUCAGCAACAAAAGCGAGGGGCAGGGAGAGAGAGAAGGCCCUUUGGAGGAUAAAACACAGCAAGGAACAGCCAUCACAAAUAAGGAGGACAAAUCGGGGGUAUAUUGGAUCGUGUCGGAACUGGAGGUGGUGGGGGGAACCAGCUGAGAAGACAACCGCAGUGAGUUUGGAGCUGUUUUGGGUUGAUUUGAUGCAGCGAAUGAAAAGGAGCCGGAUGACGACGGAAGCAAUGAGAAUAUCUCACAUGUAACUCGUUGGUUGUAAAUAUUAUUUUCCUUCCUCCUGUCCUGCCGGCCCCCCCCCGACGAAGACAGCCGUCGGGGAGACAGAGAAAUAGAUAGAGAGUACAAGUUUACACCUAUGGAUGUGUUUAUCAUGAAAGGAGACGUGGAAACGAGCCGCGCCACAGCACGGGCGAGGUUUUCGGACACGCCGUGUUCGGCUCCUUGUCACGGGCAGCAGUGAGACGCAAGACCCGGGCUUUUGGAGAUGCAAAUUAGGCUGUUUAUUCUGCCUCCAUUUGAGGUGAAACCCCAAUUUUUGGUAUCUUAACGGAGUGGAUUACAGUUCUCAGCUCUGCACAGUUGACUUGGGGGGGGGGAAGAGAGUGGAGAAAACAAACAAAAACUGGACUGCAUGUGAAGUAGGAAAAAGCCCAAGCAGCAUUCAGCAAACUGAGAAGGCGGCCUGGGUGUCGUCAGCAGCAGUAUCCUGCCCUUUCUCUGACAGCAAAAUACGCGUUAUGGACGCAUAAUUUCUACACCACGGACAGUUUUGGAGCAGGCAGGGGACGUUUAACAGUGUACAUGUGGGUGACAUUGCUGCCAAAUCCGCAUGUCAAACACGGGAUCUAGGCUAGUUUAGUUUAUUUAUUUUUCUUUCUACACAAUCCACCCCCUCCCCUCCACCUCUACUUCUUCUCCUCCUUCUUCUUCUUCUUCUUCCACCUCCUCCACCUCCUUCCCCUGGACCCCCUUUUUUUCUUUUUUCUUGCGGGAAGAUGGGUUGUUUGGGCAACAGUAAGACUGAAGACCAGAGAAAUGAGGAGAAGGCACAAAGAGAAGCAAACAAAAAGAUAGAGAAGCAGCUCCAAAAAGACAAACAGAUAUACAGAGCCACACACAGACUACUACUUUUAGGAGCUGGAGAGUCAGGCAAGAGCACCAUAGUGAAACAGAUGAGGAUCCUGCAUGUCAACGGCUUCAAUGCAGAAGAGAAGAAGCAGAAAAUUCAGGACAUCAAAAAUAAUAUUAAAGAGGCUAUUGAGACCAUAGUAACAGCUAUGAGCACCCUGACACCACCCGUGCGGUUGGCGUGCCCGGCGAACCAGUACCGGAUCGAAUACAUCCUCAACCUGGUCAGCCAGAAGGAUUUUGAGUUUCCAUCUGAGUUUUACGAGCACGCGAAGACACUGUGGCAGGAUGAGGGCGUCAGAGCGUGCUACGAAAGAUCCAAUGAGUACCAGCUAAUCGAUUGUGCACAAUACUUUCUAGAUAAGAUUGACAUCGUGAAACAAAGUGAUUACACUCCAACAGAUCAGGAUCUGCUGCGGUGCAGAGUACUGACUUCAGGGAUCUUCGAGACAAGAUUCCAAGUAGACAAAGUGAAUUUCCAUAUGUUUGAUGUUGGUGGUCAACGAGACGAGCGCCGGAAAUGGAUUCAGUGCUUUAAUGAUGUAACAGCCAUCAUAUUUGUUGUGGCCAGUAGCAGCUACAACAUGGUGAUCAGAGAGGACAAUCAGACCAACCGUUUACAGGAGGCUCUCAACCUCUUCAAGAACAUCUGGAACAACAGGUGGCUGCGGACCAUUUCUGUCAUCUUGUUCCUAAAUAAACAGGACCUGCUAGCAGACAAGGUGCUGGCAGGGAAGUCCAAAAUCGAGGAAUACUUUCCUGAAUUUGCUCGCUACACCACACCUGAUGAUGCGACACCAGAGCUGGGAGAAGAUCCACGUGUUACAAGGGCAAAGUACUUCAUAAGAGAUGAAUUCCUGAGGAUCAGCACAGCAAGCGGGGAUGGGAGGCACUACUGUUACCCCCACUUCACCUGUGCUGUCGACACGGAAAACAUCCGCCGUGUCUUCAACGACUGUCGAGACAUCAUCCAGCGGAUGCACCUGCGGCAGUACGAGCUGUUGUGAUGGGAGAGGAAAGGUGUUCGGCCAAAAACACAUUGGACUAUGAAAAACCCUGAACCCUGAGUCUCUGAACUCCCCUCUUCCACAGAAGUGUGUGAGCUCUUGUGAAGGAAUGGGGGCCAAAACACACACACACACACACACAUAUACAGUAAACACACACACUCCCCCUGAGCCCAAAACUUCCCCAGUACAAACUCCUUACCUGCAGUAGACCGAGUUGAUUUGUUGGAAGGGCUUGAGGGGAUGAAACAAAGGGACUCUGAUCUCCACCUUCAGCCAUACUCCCAGCCCCUCCCCUCUGUGCAUCCAUUCACUUUACCUUUACCUUUCUAGAAACCCUUGAGUGACUCAGCCUGGAUUGUAUUUAAUGCAGUGAGGAGGACUCGUUGAGGUUGGGAUGAAAACUGAGAGAGCUACUUGCAACUUGGAAAGAGAAAGCCGUUGAAUUACUGCAGAUAGAGAAUAAACAUGUCACAAGAGAUCAGCUGAACUGUGUCUAUCAAAAAAAACACAAGCACUGUGCUCAGGACUUUACUCAAACCGUGUACACCAAUCCUUCCUAUCACUUAUACACAUCCACAAAUCCAGCCGCACCGCAGGAACUGUUUGCACAAAGAAACGUAUCACACAUGCUUUUUAUUGGGCUGCACAACCUGGGUGGAUCCCAAAUCGUACAGAUCUGCCGACGAGUGGCUGGCUCGUUCAGCUGUCGGCACAGUGCUUCGAGAUUAAACGGAUUGAGUGACUACACAGCCAAGCCCCAAGGAGCAGCGUUAUCAGAGACUAAAGGGCGCGCUUUGUGACCGGUCAGACUGCAGGAGGGGCAGCAGUUCGCAAAAACAGGACAGAGCUGACUGCCAUGUGAAUUUCUCUGAUGGAGUCUAAACAUGUUUGACAGUCUGUCGACUUCUCCACCGAACUUUUUGCCACCUGACUUUGCCUUGUUGGUAGUGGAGCAAAAUGUGAGAAGGAUAUAUUGAGUUUUAAACAAAAAAAAAAAAAAAAAGGCCAACUUUUAUGGAACUUAACUAACGGAGGGCAAAAAACAUCGUUCUACAGAACAGUACCAUAUAAGUUAAAGAGAACUCUCAUCUGUCAUGAUUGACCCUGUUUUACUGUCUCCACAGCUGUUUUUGUCUGUGUAGACUUUUGUGCCAUUGUGCCCUGUGCGCUCUUUCUUUAUCCUUACACUUUCUGUCUUUGUCAUUCUCUCCAUCUUCUCCUUUCUCCUCCUCUCUUUCAUUUUCUUUCCCCUCCUCCCAACCACCACCUUCACAUCUGCACUUUUGACUUCUCCGCAGUGUUCUGUUGAUUUAGGAGAAAAUAAUAUAUAACAAUCCUGGAAUAAAUAUAUAUAUAUAAAUAUAUAUAUAUCUAUCUAUAUAUAUAUAGAUAGAUAUAUAGAUAUAGAUAUAAAGAUGACAAUAACAAAUGAGACACUAAUUUUUAUUUUCUGUUUUUUUUACUCGUGGUCAGACAAGCUCGUCGUACCUCCCUAUCAGUCCUGCCUUUGUUGUUCCUCCAUCUUUCCUUUUCUCACCUCUUUCCCCUCCAACCUUUUGCUCCUUUGUAUGUCUGUCUUUACUUUACUGCUGAACUAUUAUUCUUGUACAGACUGUAAAAUGUAUUAUUUUGUACAACUUUAUUGAAAAAAAAAAAACUUUUAGAAGAUCCCUGUGCCUUGAUCACGACUGUACGUGUGUAAUGAGCUAAAGUGGGUGUCAUACUGCGCUGUAUAGCUUGGCCAAUACUCUCCUAACUCCUUGCCUCCCUCGCCACUUCCAUCUCCCUCUUUCUUUAUCCUUCUGUCUCUCUCUCUUUCUGUCUCUGCCCCUCUCUCUUUGGGGAAGGAGGAAGACCAUUCGUAGCUUUUGUAGUUUAUUUCUCUCCUCUAUGCUCCCAUUCUCUCUUUAUGAUUUAAAUGUCUAUUUUUGGAUCCAUAUACCCCAAAAAGAUAAAUAUAUGAAAUGUAUAUGGGUUUUAAAAAAGUAUUUUAUUAGAAUCAAAUGAACCUUGACAAAUUGUACACUUGAUAGUGUGCGUAUUGCUAUAACUUAAAUCCUUUCAACUGAAGUUGUGUUCAGGUUUCUUUUUUUUCUUCUUUUGACAUCUGCAAAGGACAUUUUGAAAGGUUAAAGAGAUGAUAGAUGCAAAACAUUGCUUGUUUCUACACAAAACCUAUUCUUUUGCUAAAAAAGGCCAAAAAAGACAAAAAAAGGAAUUAAUUUCAGUUUAUCUCUGAUGGAGGAGGGGAGGGGGUCCCUCCUUCCUUGCCUUGCACAGCAGAGGCGGCCUGUACAGUAUUAGCAUCUCUCUCAUUUCAGUGCCCUAGUCUUCAUUUAAUGUGUACAUCAAAUUAUGGGUCUCUACUUUCUGAACAGAAGCUCUAAGAAAUAAAGGUUUUUUUUGGUGCAGAUA